ACGUUUUUUCCCCCUCAAAAUUCUAUCUUUAUAGUUUUAUAAUUACAAAAAAAAAAAAGCUUAGAUAUGAGGAUUCUUUUCUGCAACAGAACAACUCCCUUGGUACAACCAAAAAGACCAGUGUUUACUUUUCAUUAAAAGUGGAAGAACCUAGAAAGCAGAUUGGAAAGAAGCAGCUGGAAAAGUGAGAGGAAAACUGAAUGUUUGUAAUCUUGGAAGCCAUUUGAGAAUGGAGCCCACUUGGUAUACUAGCAGAUGAAGAAUUUAAGGAGGAUGUCUAUCUUUAUUCUCUUUAGCAACUGAGAGUCGGCUCUGGGAACCAUCAGGCACCAUGGGGAAGCGGGACAAUCGGGUGGCCUAUAUGAAUCCUAUAGCAAUGGCCAGAUGGAGGGGCCCAUCUCAAUCUGCAGGCCCAACAAUACAAGAUUAUCUGAAUCGACCAAGGCCCACCUGGGAAGAAGUGAAGAAACAAUUAGAAAAUAAAAAGAAAGGCUCCAAGGCAUUAGCUGAAUUUGAAGAAAAAAUGAAUGAGAAUUGGAAGAAGGAACUAGAAAAAAGCAGAGAGAAAUUAUUAAGUGGAAAUGAGAGCUCAUCCAAAAAAAGAGAAAGAAAGAAAAAGAAAAAGAAGAAAUCUUGUCAGUCUUCAUCUUCUUCUACAUCAAGCUCUGAUUCUUCAAGCAGUUCUUCAGAUUCUGAGGAUGAGGAAAAGAAACAAGGAAAAAAGAGAAAGAAAAAGAAGAACCGUUCAUACAAAUCAUCAGAAAGCUCUACAUGUGAAUCUGAAUCAGAGAGCAAAGAAUCUGUAAAAAAGAAAAAGAAGUCAAAGGAUGAAACAGAGAAAGAAAAGUAUAUUAGAAGUCUCAGCAAAAAAAGAAAGAAGACUUGUCCUGAGGAUAAACCUUUAUCAUCGGAGUCCUCAUCAGAAUCAGAUUAUGAAGAGGAGGUGCAAGCAAAAAAGAAGAGAAGACGUGAAGAGCGAGAAAAAGCAACGGAAAAAGCAAAGAAGAAGAAGAAGAAACAGCACAAAAAACAUAGUAAGAAGAAGAAAAAGAAGUCAGGUUCAAACCACAAGUCCGGAUAA